CUCUGCCCACCACCGUUCAUGACAAGGACCACGAUGACCGAAUGAGCCCUUGCGCAGUCGCUUCAAGUGGUUUCGAAUCUAUCUCGAAACUUAUCCGAGCAAUCUCACUCAAUCCGAGUCGGGCAUCGAGAGUGGACGUCUUGACUAGACAGCUAAAUGGCCUCGCCCACUUGAAAAUGCAACGAAAAUGACACGGCCUGAGACUUUUACGACUGCAACAAUCCUUUUGAGUCUCCUUCCACCCAAGCGGCUUUCUCGCGGCGUUUCGCGCAGGACGACAUUCUGCAGCCCUUCGUUUCCCGUGUGCCGUCCGCGCUCAUCGUCAACGCGGAUGCCAGCGUAGAACGCACCGAGAAUAGGGUGCCAGGAGCGAGGACACAUGAAAACAAGGCAUUCACCGAAGCUCCAUCGCCUUUGGCAUAGAUUUCUUGCCGCUCACCCUAUCAGGACAUGAACGAAGUCUGUAGGCUCUGCGGCGACAGUGUGUGAUGCCCGCUCUGGCGAUGUGUAGAACUGGUUGGCGAUUGAUAUGGCACCGCGUGAUACGAUCGUCUUCCAUACGUCGUCUACUGGAACCACCCACUUUCGCCAAGCACUUUGCCAGUCACCCCAGCUCGAGGACCAACGGCCACGAGUUUCUCCGAUUCGUUGUCCAACGAUCUUCCGCACUGUCGUCCGAGUGCGCCCCCGGUCACUGUUUCCAAGCCCGGGAGAUUUUCGGAGCCGGGGAAGGGACGAUCUGGAUUGACUAUCUGAAUGACGCCACGGGUGCCGUACCUUGGUCCUCGUGGUCUUCUGGGUUAUUCUCGUCGCUCACUGUAUCGUGAACCUUCUCUCUGUUCCUCACCCAGUGCUCGUUCAGUGCGCUCCGGAUCUCCCACGACGGGUUCGUCCACCCUAUGCACAACACUAGUCACCGCAGCUCCAGUGAUAGAUUACCCAGUGCUGACGAGGCUACACACCACUAGCGCCAAGACGGCACUGGUUCCUACCCCCGAUCUCAUGCCCCACCCUGUUUUUGUUGAGACUCCCCCAACGCACAGCUCAGUCUUUCCCUCUAAUCCUCCCGGCUCCGAGCUCGUGAACUGCAUUGACCCUCAUCAGAGGAUCUCAUUUGAUCACAGAUCUGGAAUGAAGCCUGGGGCGUAGGAUUCAGCUGACACGCCGCCUACUCGAGUCAGAACGUGGACACUAGACCGUCGUCUUGUCAGAACAGUCUGAGUGGUGGCCCGCUUACUCGGUCGAAUGAUAAUAGUUAUGCUCUACUUUCAAGUCGGUUUAACUCAGAAAGUCUCGUGCCCGCUUAUGUGAGAACCAAACGCGCGUCCUCUCAUUGCACGGCAUCUGUUGGCAUAAGAGCACAUAAGAGCACAUCUUUUUACUCCAGUUUCCCCACAGCACGUACCAUGAGCAACUUCCCCAAACGCAAGAUCGGAGGUGUCGAGGUCUCUGCUAUUGGAUUCGGCGCGAUGGGCAUUGGAGGCAUCUACGGCCCCGCUCCGCCUGAUUCCGAGCGUUUCGCGACUCUGGAUGCGGCGUAUGCUGCAGGGUGCACGAUGUGGGACACGGCGGACAUUUACUUCGACUCCGAGGACCUUAUCGCCCCUGAUGCAUCCACCCAAUUCAGGUUCAAGCGCACCGGCAAACGCGAUGAGAUCUUCUUGGCUAGCAAGUUUGGCUUCAUCGGCAUGUCGGGCGACCGGGUGAUCGAUGGGUCGCCGGAGUACGUGCGCACGGCGGUCGAGAAAUCGCUUUCGAGACUCGGUGUGGACACGAUCGACUUGUACUAUCUCCACCGCGCGGAUCCUACGGUUCCCAUCGAGAAAACGGUUGGUGCAAUGGCUGAGCUUGUCAAAGAGGGCAAAGUGAAACACCUUGGUCUCUCGGAGGUCUCCGCGAACACGCUCCGGCGCGCGCACGCCGUGCAUCCGAUCGCUGCCGUCCAGGUCGAGUACAGCCCCUUCACGCUCGACAUCGAAGACCCGAAGAUCGCGCUUCUCAAGACGUGCCGCGAGCUCGGGGUGACAGUCGUGGCAUAUUCGCCGCUGGGACGAGGACUUCUCACCGGGGCCUACAAAUCCUCUGCCGACUUCCCGGAGGGCGACUUUCGGCUGUUCAUCGAGCGGUACAAUGAGAAGAACUUCCCCAACAUUCUCAAGAUCGUGGACGGUUUGGGCAAGGUCGGGGAGAAACACCAGGCUUCCUCGGGCCAAAUCGCACUCGCGUGGCUGCUCGCCCAGGGAGAGGAUAUCAUUCCGAUCCCCGGGACCAAGAAGAUCAAGUAUCUCGAGGAGAACUUGGCGGCGAUCAAGAUCAAAUUGUCUGACGAAGAGACUGCGGCGAUCCGCACGCUUGCCCUCGAGGCGGAUGCCCAGCAAGGUGAACGAUACCCGCCUGAUCUGGCAAAAGUGUUGUUUGUGGAAACUCCGGAACUGUAAAUCAUAAUAUGUGAACUGUACUGCAACCCUCCAACAAAGAGACGGGGCUGAAUGUAUGCCCUGAGACAAGGCGUCACGUGUACCGUGUUUUACUAUGGGCGGCGUGUCGAUCCCAUCCCAA